GUGAUUGCCAGUCAGAUCAUGUGAGCGUUGUUGGCAGCUAGCACUCUGUCGUAGUUUCUCAUCCCAUCGAUGUGUCAUCAACACAAUUCAAGAGAGAGGUGUGAUACUGUCUAUGCUAUUGUUUUGGUUCCAAUUAUAAGGUAUAUCAUUUGCAAGUUAUUGAAACAUUUGCAUAAUCAAAAUGGCAGGAGAAACGAAGAAAAAGAAAGGUUUCCAUGUCGACGAGUCUGAGCUGAUGUGUAAGAAGGGAUGUGGCUUCUACAGCAACCCAGCGUGGGGCGGUUACUGCUCAAAAUGCUAUCGUGAAGUCUACCAUAAAGCACGCCAAGCCCAAAUCGAAAGUGAUGAGAUGCUGGCCAGAAAGUUGGACCAGGAAGAGAAAAAAGCUUUGGAAGAACAAAAACAUGCACAGUCAGCUGUACCCUCAAAACCAUUUAGUAAAUUUGAAGAAAAGAAAAGACAACGUAACAACGCAAAAUCUAAAUCCGUGAAAACGUUAUUCAAGAAAUCCCCAACUAGUUUACCAAGUAAAAGUGCCAGUACAGAUGUAUCGCAUUCUGCACUUGAGCGGCAACUUAGUACAGAAAGUGAGAAAGCGUUUAAUAAUUUCUCCGAGUUCUUGAAAUUCAUGAAUAAACCAGCAGCCACUGAUAUAGCAAAGCUUUGUAAAGGAAUCGUUGAACGCAUACAAAAGUCAACAGACCUGACCAUAGAAGAACAAUCGGAAUUAGUGCAAGACUUCUACCAUAGCAUUGAAGAACGAAUGAAUACAAGUCCAACCUUUAGAAAUUUAACAGAAGAACAAUGUGACAAAAUACUCGAUCAUAUAGAAAAGUUCAUUAUGACACAGUUGUACUCUUUGUUGUUCUGUCCGCCACUAACUGAUGAUGAGCAGAAAGAUCUAGCCAUUCAGAAUCGCAUACGACGGUUACGCUGGGUCUCCACAGAAAUGCUAGAAGCACUGAUUGAUGAGAAUAAUGAAAAUGUGUGUAAACUGAUCGAGCAGGCUGAAACUGAAUUAAUAGAAAUGAAUUCUAAACGAGCGCCUGUAGACAAGCUAAGUUGUGUAGUAAAUUGCUGUAAGCUUGUGUUUAAGAUGUUGCAAGUAACCAAAGGGGCCCCUGCCAGUGCCGAUGACUUUCUGCCAGUUCUUAUUUACACUGUGCUUAAGGCAAAUCCACCACGACUCCACUCCAACGUUCAGUAUAUAACCCGCUUUGCCAAUCCACAGCGGAUAAUGAAGGGAGAACCAGGAUACUACUUCACAAAUUUGUGUUGCGCAAUAACCUUCAUAGAGAAUCUAGAUGCUCAAUCGCUUGCAAUUAGUCAACAAGAUUAUGAGGACUACAUGGCGGGUAAAAAGGUCCCUCCUGGUUCCGAAGAAAGUGAGCCAAUAUGCGACGGUCUCAGGCUCAUGUACACAAAUUUAACAACUUUAGAGGAGCUGCGCUUCAGACAGAAUCGAUUGCUAGAUGAUGCAAAAAUGCUGCAAAGAGAAAUUAAAGAAUGGAGGGAGAGUGUAACAAGACAAGUAGAGGAGGAACUAGCAAGCAAACCAGUAAUUACUACCACAUCAGUUUUACCUGUGGAUAUUAGUGCAGAUCUGAAUCAAGAUCAUUUUGCUUUACUUCCAGCACCCCUUAAACCAGAAGUGGUAGGGUCCAACUAGAGUGAGUGCAGGCAUUUACAUAUGGUUGAAUACAGGUGCAAAUAUUUGUAAAUUCUUAGCAAACUUUACUGUUUAUUCCGCAUUUAUUUUUGUUAAAUUAUUAAUGAGAAUUUGUGAAUGUUAAAUUAAAAGAAGUUCUUUAAAACCUUGUGAUCUUUAGAGAUAAAAAUGUGUAUUUAGAAAUAUACCUCUCUUUUAAAUAAGCUAUUAUCUUUAUUCUUAAUGUUGUUUUUACCAAAAUGGAGAUUGGUACCGUAAAUGAUGUAAUAAGAGCUUCCUUUAAAUAAGUGUUGCUUUCGAAUAAGCACUGCUCCAAGCUUAUUUAAAAUAUAUUAUAUAUAUAAAUAUUUAGGAGCUUACUUGAGAGUAUGUUACCCAGUGUUUCUUGUUUUCAUAUCAUCAGGACACUAUUAUCCUACUGAUUGCUCAUGUAUUAAUUAAUGCUAACAUAGAAAAAACUCAGAUACAGAUAGGCCUAUAUACAGCACAUGACGGUACUUUUUAAAAACUUCCAAUAGUUUAUAAUAAGCAUCAACUCUCAAAUAAGCACCUCGAAUAUUAUAAGCACGACAGUGAUUCCUCUAAGAUAUCUAAAAGGCACAGUGCUUAUUCGAUCAUUUACAGUACAGUAUUUCAACUCUAAAGGUAACUAUUUAUUUGAUUAAUUAAUAAUAUUACUAUUUUACAUUGUUUUUAAUCAUUUUUUCGUGUUAUAUUUAUUUCUAUGCUGAAAUAGUUAUCUAUGCUACUUUAAUAUUUAUCUCUUUAAAUAGUACUGUUAAUAAUAUUACUUUGAUUGAGACAAUUCUCUUUGGCUAUGAUUUUUAAACAUUGUUUAUAAUCCAGUGCUGUUGUAUUAGAUUUCGAAACAAGUUUUAGGAGGAGUCAUUUAGAAAGUUACAGUAUCUUAAGACUAUAGCAGUUAUUUCAAAUUUGUAACAGGCCUGUAACCAGGUGGACCUUUAUAGUUUGGCUGAAUCCCCAUUUUCAAGCGAACCCCUUUGGUGAACCAAGCCACACCCAGCCUUCCCAUUGUAUCAAAUACAGUCAGUCAAAGUGAUGAUGAAAUUCACCAUUUACAUGCUAGCUUCAGGGGCUUUAAGGUAAAUAAGACCAGUGCAUGUAAAAGUUAAAUUCAAACAAGCUUAAAACUGGUUAAUUUUUAUUCCAAUAUCAAGAGACCAAACAUGGGUAUUAUUUUCCUGCAUAAAUUUCUGCAUAUGAUAGCUAAUUAGCAUAUUUGCAUAGAUAACUCGGGAAUCACCUAUCACCAAAUGAGUUGCUAUUGGAAGGCUUAUGAGAUACUGAUACAGGGGAAGAAUUAAAAGUUAAACACAUUUAAAUUUGGUAAAUUUAAAUAUUUCAAAUAAAGACAUGUAUUUUCUAAAAGAAUAACAGUACGCACAAAUUAGUAAUUAGGUUGUAUUUGAAGAAAUUAUUGCAAUUUUAUCAAUUUUUUUUAUUCAUCCACAAGAGCAACUCUUUCUAUACAUGUUGAAAAUAUUUCAGCUUGUAAUAAUAGAGAACUGGUGUUUGCAGAAACGUGGCAACAUGGGUCAAAAUCAAAUUCUGUGAUACUGGCCAUUUAAAAAUAAUUAUAUUGGUUGACGACCGAGUCGAACUCGCAUUAUAUGAAUGCCUAAUUCCAUUUAAAACAUCCCUAUUCCAUAUUCUUCUCCUUCCCUUUUUUUAAAUCUAUAUAACCUUUCUUGAUGGCCCUUAGUAUCUGUCUUCUUUUUUUCCCCUUUAUCAGAAGUCUGAAAAAUGAAGGCGUUUUAAAUUUGGUCGAUGCUAUUAAUUUUUUAGUAUUGUGCCAUGUCUCGAUAUUAAAUUUUCUAACAGCAUUAGCUGUACAACCAUCUCAGUUAUUGAAAGAGGAUACUGCAUUUGCUACUGCAAUCUCCAUUAAGUUUCUGCCACAAUACACCUCCUUCGAGCAGUGCUUCCAUAUCAUCCCAUGCCAAUAGGUCUUUGUGGCCAAGAUCACAUCAAUCACUGCUGUCAUGUUAGUGACAAUGAUAUAAUACUACAGCGGCUGCGUUCUUGGAACGGAUAAUACUGGAAGCUCGAACCAUACUCUCACAAACACAUUACUCAAGUGACAUAAAGUUAUACUUUUUCCCUUUGUAUAGGCUCUCGCAUGUUCAUAGUACAGAAACCUUUACAUCGCAUUCAAGCUGGGAAUGUUAGAAGGUCAUCUUCAGAUGUAAAUGUUUCUUUUGGGGCAUGUACUUCUUCUAAAGCAGGUUGGUCUUUGCUGGAGGGGCCAUCUUGGUUUUCACAUUUCCUCUUACCAAAAAAAUUUAUUUUUUACUCCUACAAGAGUUCAUGCUCCAGAUCCCUUGCAAAAGUCGCUCUUUCUCUGAACACUGUCGGGUGCCUGUUUAACACCCCCCCCCCCCACCUCCUUGAUCUCUCAUCCUUGUAGGUAACCACUUAUUAAAUUAUGCCUGGUUACGGGCCUGGGUAACCAGCCAACCAUUAUUGUUGUUCUGAAAGUGUUUUCCCUUGUAUUUAGAUAAUCAUUGUGAAAAUGUCUGGAAAAAUAUAAUUUUCUAUUAUUCUUCAUUAAUAGAUUUUAUCAUGCGAGUAGUAAUUAUAGCAUUAUUAUGAAAGUACUGGAUUACUUGGUUAAGACUCACUUCAAGAAGCAUUUGUGUAUUUUUUUUCUCCAAAUUAAAAUGUCCAUAUAAAAAAAACCCCAGUCAGUGGCGGAUCCAGGGGGUGGCAAAUAGGGUGCUCGCCCUUCCGGCAGCAGUCAAUAAGUGUGAAUAUUUUUGGUAAGAGAUUAAAGUGGCUAGAACUCCAAAGCUGGACCCCCACAAUAUGUAAAGCUGGCCCUUCACUGUGUAUGACGGUCGUCGUCUGAUGCUUUACUUUAUGGAGAGCGCAAUACCAUGAUGUGCAUGCGGAUAGAUCGUUUUUAUUGAUGAUCUGUUCAGACUGCCACCUCCAGUGAGUGGAGGUGGAUUCGACGGCUGACUGUGGUAUGACCGUCGUACGACGCAGUGAGUGGGCCGGCUUUAGGGAACACGUACCCCAAAACCUUCCUCUCUCAACCAUAGGGAAGGAUCUCCAGUGCUACCACUAGUUUAGCUGACAGAGCUAAAGGCGAGACUUGUUUUAUUCCUUGUUUCGCUUAUUUUAUUUUUUUAAAGGUUGUCAGAGGAGGGCUAAAAAAAUAAAAAUUAAUUUUCUUUUCUUACUUAGCAAAUUGUGUUGCCAAAAACAUCCAGACAGAGGAGAAAAUAAGAAUAAAAUUUUAUUGUUGAAUGUAAAGCAUGUAGUAAUGGUAAAUGCUUAGGUUUAUAUAAUUAGUAAGAAAUUUAUAAAAUUAUAUUUUGUUUUUGGAGAUUUCAAGGCAUCUUCGGCGUAAUAAACUUUUUUUUUCUGCAAUUUUCAAUUUUUCGUGGAGGCUGGUGCGCUAAUUGGCCAAAAAUAAAAUUUUAUUUUUAUUCGUAAGCAUCAUUUGCAGGCAGCGGGUUCACUGAACAAGGUAUUAAAAAGGUUUCGCCUGUUGUGAAUUCAAAAUUAUCAUGAAAUAUAUUUGCAAAUUAUAAAGACCAGAAUUUUAAACUUGAUUUUGUCAAACAUUGUCAUAGUUUACCAAUUAGAAUUGUAUGCUGUGAAUUUAAAACAACCAUAUCCAGGAGAAUUAAGUUAAGUCUUGUACUUUUAAAGAAAAAAAUGCUUUGAAUUUGGUACGCUAGUAUUUUUAAAUACCGGUAACUCAAUGAUAGUAAACACAUUAUUCUGAAUGGUCAUUUCUAUUCUGUGGGACAUCACCAUGGUGAUUUAUCUUGCAUAAACAAACAAGAUACAAUCAUUGUAUCUUGUUUGUUUGUAUCAUGAAGUUAGAUUGUGGGGUUUUAUCCCAGUUCCUUCAACUUUUAAAAUUAAUGUGUUGUGAGUCGGAUGGUGCAAAGUUCCAAAGAUUUAGAAUUUCUUCAAUAAAGUUUGUUAGAUUGGAAUACUUAAAUCUAAAAUCAAUCAUCAGUUAAAAUCUUAUUGCAACAAUCAGAUUGUGUGAAAUAAAGUGACUACCACCAUGUGA